AAAGAGUGAAUCAUGCUUAAGAAUAGCAGAAGGAUUCGGCCCAAGAAGAGGAAAAGAAAACCAGAAAAGUUUAUGCCAUGGAUUGCACGUAUCUUCAACUACCAGUGCUAUGUGACCUUCCUUACUGGCUACUACAGUUGCCAGUGGAAAUUCAGACAACAGGAAAAAACUAAACUUGGAUCUUGUUGCUGCUCUUGGAGAGAGCAGUUAUUUUGCCCAUGCCUGGCAGUUUCGUUUGUCUUUUCUCUGAUAUUGCUGUACGUGUGGAUAGAAACCGCCAACGAAUACUUUAACUUUGAUUGGGCCACUUUUCUAGGAACAGGAUACUGGUUCUUCUGGUCCGUUUUUAUUCUGAGUUUAGCUGGGACCCUGACUGUCUACUCUGCAUUGCUGUUGUUAUUUGGAUUUUUGUUGCUUUGGGAGGGGAUUGAACUAUACCUGCACUGGUGUCAUAAGAUCCUGAUUCUGCUGGUGAUUCUGCUGUGCUCCAUUUUUUUGUUCAUUUUAUGUAAAUUCUGGAAAGAAAGGUGGCUGGUAGCUGGGCUGUCACUGCAGAUCUUUGCUCCGUACGUGCACCUGAGCUGCAUAACUGUGAUGGUUAGUCUUUCCUGGCCUGUGACCUUCUACGUGAUCCAGUUGGAAAGAGAAAUUAGAAGGAGAAGAUACAGGAUGAAACAUUCCGAGAAAAAAAGACUCAAGAAAUGUAAUAUACUUACAAAGUUAAGAGGUCUACAAGUGGCUGUUGGAUUGCCCUUUCUUCUUAUCCUUUUAUGUUUCCUUUUGAUGCCACUGGGGAUUUACUCUCCCUGCAUUCAGGAGGAGGAGGAUUUGGGACCCAAGCCAGUCUUCAUUGGGCAUAGAGGUGCACCCAUGUCAGGGCCUGAGAAUACCAUGAUGUCCUUUGAGAAAGCUGUUGAACAAGGAGCCUAUGCAUUGGAGAGUGACGUACAUUUCAGUUAUGACCGGGUGCCUUUCCUCAUGCAUGACUUUGACCUGAGAAGAACAACUAAUAUCAGGGAAGUUCGGCCAGAAGCUGCCUUCAGGCACUCUAGCUCCUUCAGCUGGGAUUUCCUGUCAACUCUGAAUGCAGGCAAAUGGUUUACUAAACCAGAGCUCAGACCAUUUUUCAAUAUGAAACCUCUAUCAAAGGCGGAUAGAGAAAGAGCAAGAAAUCAGUCGAUUCCAAAACUAGCUGACUUAUUGACACUUGCAAAGAAGGAAAACAAAUUUGUGAUAUUUGAUAUUAAUGGGCCUCCACCAAAACAUCCUAUCAGGCAUACAUUUAUCCGUUAUGUAAUAAGCGUGAUCCUUGCCUCCAAAAUUGAGCAACGUCUGAUUUUUUGGCUGCCAAGUCAUGAUAUUAACUAUGUCAGGAACAUGGCUCCUGGUGUUCAGCAUGUGGCUCGUUUUAUAUCCGUUGAAGAGCUUGCAAAACAAAAUAUCAGUAGAAUUAAUGUUGACUACAAGAGGUUGUUCCUUGGUGGGUUAAGAGCGUAUAAAGCAGCUAACAUCAACAUCAACUUAUAUGUCGUCAAUGAGCCUUGGCUUUACUCUCUGGCCUGGUGCUCCAGGAUUAACUCAGUAACCACUGACAACAUUCCACGCCUGAGUCAGCUUGAUCACCCUUACUUCUUCAUGACACCAAGAUUCUAUAUGUUCAUAUGGCUUUUUGUGGAUACUGUUUCUGCAAUUAUUAUUGUUGCCAUAUUUUGUUUUCACUGGCGGAGAGAGAUCAGAAAAGAAAAAGGGUUCGACAAUUCCAGCAUUCUCACAGCAGCGUCCAAGAAAUCAGCACCUUUAAAGAACACUGUCAGAUCUCUGAACCCCGCAAAGCAUGACAUUCAAGCACCAGCAUCCACCAAAAUCUUUGCGCUCAGUCAAGCACCCACCAGGAAGGCCAUCCUUCCAAGUACAUUGCCCAACCUGAAGGUGGAUAAACCAACAAUGCCCCCUGUAGAGGGCCCUGAUCCUGAAACAAGAAACCAACUAGAGAUCCCUCCCAUGGCUCUAUCUUCCCAAGAAUCCUAUGCAACAGUAUAUUCCACUGUAUCCAAUAUGCCCUCCUCCUACCAGAAGUAUUCAAAGAAGUAG